CGUAAAAUAAUAGUGUUUUCAAACAUCCUAAAGACGCUAAGGGAGAUGAAUUUUCAAAUAAAAACACCAUCUUGCUAUGAAAGGUGAAACAUUUUUUUCUCAAAAUCAGUGACAUAUUUCAGCUAAAUCAUGUGUAAUAUAUACUGCAUGGUUGGAACUAGAUGGUCUAUAAUGUCUAUUCCAAUCCAAGCCAAUCUAUAAUUCUAUGAUGCUACAGUUCUAAGAUUGAAUAAUGUGGUGUUCUAUGGUUCUAUGGGUCUGUGGUUCACUGAUUCUUUGAUUCCAUAAUUCUAUUGUUCUAUGAUCCAAUGGUUUGGUGAUCCUAUGAUUAUAUGAUUCUGUGGUUGAAAGGUUCUAUGAUACUACCGUUCUAUGAUGCUAUGAUUCUGUAAGUACAUGGAGUGCUUGUAAGAGUGAGCGCUUUCAAGGGACAUUUUGAAGCACAGCUAUUUGUUUUAGCUCUUUAGAUAUUUUCAGAUGUAAAUCUCUGCUUUUCUCUGAUAUGGAAUGGAACCCCACUUUACUGUUUAACAAAUCUACUUAUCAGCCAAGUGUAAUACAUUUCAGUUGGACCCUCUUUCCUUUGUGACAAAAGCCGUUCUUGCUCUGGAAAGGUGUUUCUCUUCCAUGACUCGCAGUUUUCCUGUUUUCUUUCAGCCUGACUGGGAAAGAAGCCCUGACCCACUUCCCCUCGUUAGGAACCUCAACAAACUCUGCCCAGGGGAAGGCUCACGUGAAGCAGUGUGACUUGCUGAAACUGUCCCGCAAGCAGAAGAGGCUGUGUCGGAGGGAGCCCGGCUUGGCGGAGACGUUGCGCGAUGCCAUCCGCCUUGGGAUCAUGGAGUGCCAGUUCCAGUUUCGCAGUGAGCGCUGGAACUGCAGCCUGGAAGGCCGGACCAGCCUGCUGAAGCGAGGUUUUAAGGAAACGGCCUUCCUAUAUGCAGUGUCUUCUGCAGCGCUCACCCACUCCUUGGCCAGAGCGUGCAGCGCGGGGCGCAUGGAGCGCUGCACCUGCGACGACUCCCCAGACCUGGAGAACCGCAAGGCCUGGCAAUGGGGUGUGUGUGGGGACAACCUCAAAUACAGCACCAAGUUCCUGAAAAAGUUCUUGGGUCAGAAGAGGAUCGGGAAAGAUCUGCGGGCCAAGGUGGACAUCCACAACACCAAUGUGGGCAUCAAGGCUGUCAAAAAUGGACUCAAAACCACAUGCAAGUGCCACGGCGUCUCCGGUUCAUGUGCCGUUCGGACUUGUUGGAAGCAGCUUUCGCCUUUCCACGAGAUUGGACGACUGCUGAAGCUGCGCUACGACGAUGCUGUCAAGGUCUUCAGCACCACCAAUGAUGCUGUGGGACACUCAGAGCUGGCCAGCCCACAGAGACAAAGCCAUCCCACCAAGCACCACGCUUCUCCCCGUGCCACCGACUUGGUGUACGUGGAGGAUUCCCCCAGUUUCUGCCGUCCCAGCAAAUACUCCCUGGGAACUGCUGGGAGAACGUGCUCUCGGGAGGGCAACUGUGACAGCAUGUGUUGUGGACGAGGCUACAACACCCAGAGCCGCCUUGUUACCUUUUCUUGCCACUGUCAGGUGCAGUGGUGCUGCUAUGUUGAGUGCCAACAGUGCAUGCAGGAAGAAGUGGUCUACAGUUGCAAGCAGUAAAUCAGUGCUGGAGGGUUAAGGCAAAUCCUAUAGUAUAGAGAGUGGGACGUGAUUCUCUAAGGUGGCGUAAGGGAGAAGGCAAGCACCAAAAAUGUCCUGUUAUCUCAGUGCUGAGAUCCCCCAGUCUGGGGACAGGGUGUGAAAUGCAGAGGUUUGCCAGGUAACACAUCAGGAAGGAGAGAGUGGAAGUGAUAUGGGGACAGUAGAAACACUGAGCCAGUCAAACUCUCUUGAGCUUGUAACCACAUCUGCAGGAAUAUUCCCCUCUCCCAUCCCUCACGUGCACUUAUGGAAAUGCAUUGGGGUGGUGACACCAAAAUACCAAGGGCUUGUACCCUGUUGCCUGGAGGAGAGAAGGACUGGAGGGCAACUAACCAGAGACUGCAUGCUGAUGCACCAAGGCUAAUGAUUCUGGCAGCAGAGGUUCUUAAUUAUUGUUCUCCAGAAGCUGUUCGAAUCUUUUCUGUUCUGAACACACUGUUGAGUAGCGUCAUUUUGAGGCAAGUGUUGUUCCUCAGAAUACCACUUUGCAAACAAAUGGAGCUCAUGUCCAUCAUCUCCCAGAUCUACGUUGUGGGCAUUGGGCUCCAAGCACAUUGUAACCAUGUUUGAACUUUGCUGCACACAGAAAACCUGGAAUUGCCUCUGUUAGAAGUGAUCUUUUGCAACAUGCAGCCUUGCAAGGGGUUCUGUUAUGGUGGUGGAUCCAGGGUGAUGGUGCUGAUUAUGCAUCUAUUUUUUUUUUUUUUCCCAAUCAGAAAGCCUCUUUUGUCUUAUGUGUACUGCUCUUUGCCCUUCCACCCAAUGUGCAAUCCUGCCCCGUUCAAAAGAUACACAAGAUUUCUUAACAGGAAUUACCAACCACAGUAACUGGGGUGUCUUAAGAACUUGCAAGUCAUGAAUGAGGAUGGUAAGUCAGAUAUAUCUGGCCAGUGCAGGGAUCUGUCAUGAGGGAAGGUGACCGAGGGGAAGAGCAUGGACCAGAGAACCAUGGAACUACAGACUGACUGAAGUUGGACAUGAUCGUUUACGCAUGCUUUGAACACUGACUUUGCAGUGAUGAGUGUGUACUCACUUUACCUGGUUGCUCUCUGGCUUUUACAACUAUUGUCACUUUCUGCUUUAUAAAAGGAUGGGAGAGGGCUGACUCAGAGCAGAUGGAACCUCUAACUGGCUCUGUAGAUGCCAUUAACACCUUCCUAUUGGCUAUCUAAAUGUCCCUUAAUGGGCCUAUUCCUUUUUAUCCUUUUUUUUUUUUUUUUUUUUUCUGGCUUAAGUUGGCUUGAACUGAACUGAAGUGUUUAUGACAGACAUAAUGCUGCAAAUUGGGUUAAUUGGCCUUUUUAAAUACCCCAGAAAUUAAUAUUGAGCAGACCAUUAUUUACAUGUUACUCUUAAUCCUGUUGGAGUUGAAACCUUCCCACGAGUCUCAAUGUUCUCAAUGAACAAGCAUAGCAGUGAGCUAAAAUUGUUAGGAAAAGGAAUCAUAAGUGAAGGAACAAAGGAACUGACUUUGAUCUGCACUGGUUCCAGCCUGCCCCACUUGUACAGCAGCUGAGAGAAUGGCAGUACCAUGUCACUGGAUCCCACGUCAUUGCACGGAACAUUCUCAUAUAAACAGUGACUGAGACUUGGUGGGUGGAGGCUGGAAGCAUUCUUAGGGAUCUCAUUCUUUGGGAAGCAAGGGGAGAAUACACCAUUCUGUCUUCUUGCCUUACCAAAGCUACACUUCCCAGAUGCCUGCUGGCCAACUGCACAGUCCAUUCUGCACACCCAGAUCUCAUAAUUUGAAGGCAGAUAAGAUUCUCUCAAAUGGAAAGUGUUCUUGAUGAGCUCUGUCCUUUUUAUUGGUCUCUGUAGGGCCCCUGGAGUCCUUUCCAUGUACCUAAGUAGUGUGGUCAUUUCAAAGUGAAACUUUUUUCUUUACUACUUGUGUAGAAAGGAAAAAAAAAAAAAAAAGAAGAAGAGAAAACCAUACAAGAACAUAAAUAUAUGGAAGUCUUUUGGUCUUCUCCAAUGAUAUGGUCCUGCUGCACUAUAAGCAUGGAAGGAAAUACUAUCUCCUUUCAUUUUCCUGACAAGAGCAUUUCAAAUUGGUAGGCUUCUUUCUCCCACCCCAAAGACAUGUCUGGCUUGAAAAGUGUUAUUUUAGUAAUAUCUCUUUUCAGGCUCCAAGUGUUGUGAUGAUUUAAGUUGGAGUUGAAUGCAUUUCAGGGGCAUGUUAGGUGUUUUGCACAGCAGACUGAAAAAGAGGACCAGGAAGAUGGUAAGAUGGUUAUUUAGGCAGAGAGGAAUAUGGUCAGACUAGUAGAACUUGCAGCAUUGGUUAUUUGUGUCUUUUGUGGCUGAAACACUGAUGUCAGUGGAAAACAAAGGAGAGGUUUGUGGCAAGAGGACUAGAUGCCCAUUUUUAGGCAAUAUCAGUGUGGAUAUUUUGGACUAAGUUGGUCCUUUGGCAGGGUAUAUUUAGAUAUAUUUAAGACAGGACUAUCUACUGCAUUGCCAUACGGGGAAAGGAUCUUGAUUUUUCACGUAUAGUCCCUGUGAUACGGACAUAUAUCCUUUUGAAAUGGUGUCCCUGAGUCCCUUGUCACUGUAAAUGCUGUAUCCUUUGAAAUGCAUAGGGAUUGCCUCUAGUUUUGGAGGACUUUAGCAGUAAUCUGUUUUAUCAUUUCAGACAUAAGCUGUUGUAACCAGCGGCAUCUAUGCAAUAUAGUGUUUUUGUCCAGUCUUGCUGUCAUCCAGUCUUACAGCAUAAGAUGGAAUGGCCCCUUCUCUUGAAUGCUGGGUUGACAGUCUCAUAGUGAUCUCACAUCGAAAUUUGUAUUUUUAGAGUCAAAGGAUAACAUAAAUAAAGGAAAAUGAAAGGUGAGGUUGUACCUGGACGGCACACACAACAAAGUGUUGAAUAAGAACUGGACAAUAAGAUACUUCAGUGGACAAUUAAGAACUGGUUUCUCAUGUUGAUAUUGAUGCUUCUGGGUUGAUGCUCAAAUAUGCUUCACACAAAUGAGAACCUUUGUGCUGACAGGAAGCAAAGCUUGGAUUUGUUAGCUGUUCAGUAUUCUCCAUUUGAAAUGUAGUAAAGAAUGAACCCAACCUGCAUCACCCUGAGCAAAGCUCUUCCGCCACCUCCUGGAGAUUUGGGAUAUGAGGAGUUGGGUCUUCAUUUGAUGUGUGUGUUUUUAAAUGAUGCUGCACACCUUAUGAUAUACUACAACUCCAGGAGCUAAGCUGCCCUUUGGUUAUAUAUGUAAAGGAGUUACUAGAUUGGUAGGAUGGAGAUACUACCACUGAAGAUCUUCUUAGUAGAAAAAACAUAGACGCAUUGUGUAAGACUGGAAGGGCAAUUUGCAAUACUAUAACAUCCUAUGGAAAAAAGCAAUCAAACAAGAAUAGGCUGUACUUAAGGGAAUGAAAAUAUUUGACUACCUCAAGAUGUACAACUUAUGUGAUGAGAAGUAUAGUUGUUAUUUAUAUUUCUUUUGUAUCUUCUAGACAAAUAAUGGUGCUAUGCAUUUAAAGUUGCAUUACAAUCCUGCUUGUACCUUGUCCUAAUUUUUAUGUAAUCUGUAAGUGAUUUCCUUUUGAUUAUUAUGUGCGUAUCUAUGUAGCUGGCUCUGUUGUCCAGUAUUGCACUCAUGUCUGCUUUGCUGGUGUUCCUGUCAGUCAAUAAAUACCAGUUGAUUUCUAAAA